AUGGCGAAUCUCGUGGAGGCAACAACCCAACAGCAGUUUGAAGAUUUCUUGGCCGCUGGGAAAUGCCUGACUGUGGUGCAUUUCCAGGCGGCGUGGGCUCCGCAGUGCGAGCAGAUGAACGUGGUUAUGGCGGAGCUGGCGAAGGCGCAGGCGCACACCACGUUCGUGAAGCUGGAGGCGGAAGCGGUGCCCGAGGUGUCGGAGAGGUACGAGAUCGCCUCCGUGCCCACUUUCCUUUUCUUCAAAGCCGGGGAGAAAGUGGACCGCCUGGACGGGGCAAACGCGCCGGAGCUGACCAAGAAGGUGACCCGCUUGGCGGUCGCGGGCAGCCCGGGUGAAGAGAGCCCCGCGGAUUCGAACCAGCGGCUGAAGAAGCUCAUCAACGCGGCCCCGUGCAUGCUGUUCAUGAAGGGCUCCGCGCAGGACCCCCGCUGCGGCUUCAGCAGACAGAUAGUGGCCCUGCUCAAGACGCACGGCAUCCAGUUCAGCAGCUUUGACAUUUUGUCCGAUGAAGAGGUCCGACAGGGGCUGAAGGCUUACUCCAACUGGCCCACUUACCCUCAGCUGUACGCCAAUGGAGAGCUGGUGGGAGGUCUCGACAUCGUGAAGGAGCUGGCCGAGUCUGGAGAGCUGGAGAACACCUGCCCGAAGGCUGUCACCCUGGAGCACCGCUUGAAGACCGUCAUCAACAAGAGCUCGGUCAUGCUGUUCAUGAAGGGCAACAAGGAAGGUGCGAGAUGUGGCUUCAGCAGGCAGACUCUGGAGCUUUUGAACGACACCGGGGUGGAUUAUGACACCUUUGAUAUCCUGCAGGACGAAGAGGUGCGUCAGGGGCUCAAGACUUACUCUAACUGGCCAACCUACCCCCAGCUUUAUGUGAAAGGAGAGCUGAUCGGAGGUCUGGACAUACUUAAGGAGCUGAAGGAGAGUGGAGACCUGGUGUCAGUCCUGAAGGGGGAGUCGUAGGUGGGUUUUUGCACUGCCAUCAGAGAAGAGGUGGGAGUGGGGGGGGGUCACCAGGUGUCUACUGCACAUGCCCAGAUCGAUCCCCAGCCACUGCUGUAACACUGCACCAGGGGCGGGAUGUGAAAGAAAAAGUUAAAAUAAGAGGUUACAUUUAACAAUCAACUAAGUCACUCUAUGACUCACUGCUGUAGCACUUGACUAGGUUCUUUAAAGUCAACACUGUUAAUGAUUUUAACAACGACAGCUGUCUUUUUGGUUUGCACUCUGAAACAGGAGCAGUGUAGAUUUAAAAAAAAUGAAAGAGCAAUCUAUGUGGCAGACAUCCAUUAAUGAGUCCCUGUCUGACUUGGACCAUAAAUUUUAAAAACAGCAAGCUCUAUUGUCUAAUACGGGUUACAUCUGUCCUUUCAGUACUCACUUUUUCCUGCUUUAUAUUAAGUAAACAGUUUAUAUCUGGACUGGAAUAGCCUCUGUCAUUCAUGCAGUCGUGUCCGGCUCCUGUCCAUGCUUACCUCCCUUUAUAGUCAGAGAAACAGUAUUUAGCUAAAUCCAGAGUCACUCUAGUUUGCAUACUUAGAACAGAUUCUAUGUUGCACUUAUUGAUACUUUGUUCAUCAUUAACAUGAUUAAACAAUGAAGAAAAG